AAAACGAAAGUAACGUCAGCAACCGGUUUGGCCGUUUUUGCAAAAGACGUGCGUGCCUUCGUGGCUUCUUGCCUUCAAAAACCUAUUCAGAAUUCGCCUUUCUUCAUGUAUAUACGAUAAAAAAAACAUUGAAUAAAAUUCAACAUGCCGCGAAGACGCCCAAACCGAGCUAUGCAGGAGAAUUUAAGAGUGGCCGAAAAGUUUUGGCGAUAUAUGAAAGACAGCAAUCAACUGCUUGGAACGAGAACAGAGCUACGGCAUUUGUAUAAAACAAGUUUUUGGCCAGCACUUACCGACCCUUUUCAGCGCAAAGUGACAUUUUGUUCAGUGAUGUAUUGUUUCAGAAGUAGAUAUAUGAAAAUUACUGAAUGGAAAGAAGCAGGCGAUCGAGAAGUUGUAGAUUAUUUGCCGGGGAGGAAGGUCGCUGUUGAUCAGUCAUAUGCGUUGAGGAGAGAAGGGAUUAGUCAGUCAGACGAAACUGAUGGGGAAAAUCUGGAUGAUUUUGCUGAACUGAAGAAAAAGUUGGUCUCACCUAGGUGAUAUAUUGAACGUUAUAUUAUUGUGAUAUUUUUGUGAUAUUUUUUAAAUUGAAUUCAGUAGAAGAUGUUUUUGUUCAAUUGUUUUUGUUCUAUAAACUAGCUUUAAAAAAAUUUGUACAAUUUCAAACGCGUUCAACCUCCUUGUUUGUUUUGUAACAUUGAUGAAGCUAACCAAUUAUUAAACUAUGCAUUGUUAAUUCAUUCAACAACAUCAGCACUCCCUUUGAUAAGUAAAAUUGUCUGGCAUUGGACAGAGUAAAAUAAUAAAGACGAGAUCUUAAUAAAGUAAAAUAAUAAAGACGAGGUUCCUUCGAGAUCUGCUGAGACACAGUCGUGUCGGGCCCCCUUGAAGGAACUCUCCCCUCAAAGGCGCGGAAUAUCGAUAAUUGGGGAGGGGGCAGAUAUUCAUAUAUUUGUGUUAAUCUGCCCAUUUUCGUUUGAAAUUGAUUGUUUUUACAGUCUGUGAACACAAAUAUAUGAACAUCUGCCCCUCAAUUAUCGACAUUCCGACGCCUCUGUCUCCCCUUGAUAAGCUAGUAAAAUCUUCUGGUGCUAGACAGAUCGAGUAAAAUGAUAAAGUAUGGUGCAUUAGUUGCAGGGCCGUACACAGGAUUUAUUGACCAGGGCGGCAGUAAGGCCUAUAUGCCAAAAAGGUCCCAAAUAUCCAAAGAAUAAUUAAUAAUGACAUUCUAAAAAUUGUAAAUAUAGUUUUCUCUAGGGGGGCAGUUGCCCCCCCCCCCCCUGUAUACGGCUUUGGUUUAGUUGUGCAAUAUGCAACUCAGUGGGUUAAAUGGCCCUGAUCACCCCUCAUAUAAUCAGCCCAAGUUCUAUAAUUAUGUAACUUAAUAAUCAUGCCCACAUAUUUCCCUCAGACACAGAUUGAUUCUGGCCCAAGACAAAGGUGGCAUCAGCAUCCUGCCAGAACCUGACAAAGAAGGAAUUGUUUUCAUGUCGAAUUCCAAAAUCCUUCAAUUCACGGUAACCAAUGAGAUGCGCACAGAUGUAAAACUCCGAUGUGCAGUCCUUGGCUGGCCCGGUCCAUUCAAGGUAGAUCACAUGAUUCACCAAAUUGUCAGUGAGGCCAAGACUGUGGAUCUCGGGGGAAAAUGCCAAAUUGAUUUUACUGUGACAUUAGUGAAAUCAGCAAACCCUGGAAUCUAUUCAUUUCCUGUUGCAUUUAUGUUCCAUCGAGAUGAAGGGCUCGAGGAUGAGCUCGACGAGGAGGAGCCUUUCCAUAUUGUCAAGUACCUUAGAGCUGUCAUUGUUGAUGAUGUUGUGACGAGGCUGCAGCCAACAACGCCGUACAGGCGUCGAAGACCUUUUGCCAUGGUGAACGAUCCUAGUGUUGUAACCGAACGUGGUGAACCACCUUCCAUGUAA